CUUCCUUGCUUUUGCUUUUACUCUCUCCGGUGUUUGACGGAAUCGCCCUCCAGAAGCAAUUUAGAGUGAUUGGUGAAAGGCAGUACACCAAAAGCUCACGGCAACGACCAGGAUGAAAUUCUUUCUGCAUUGCCUCCAGCUUCUGCCCUUGCUGAUCAUCUUCACCCUAGAGUCUCUCCUGAAGCUUUUUAUUCCUAAGAAGAGAAAAUCAGUUACUGGAGAAAUCGUACUGAUUACUGGAGCUGGACACGGAAUUGGGAGACUAACUGCCUAUGAAUUUGCCAAACUUAAAAGCAAACUGGUUCUGUGGGAUAUAAAUAAGCACGGAAUUGAGGACACAGUUGCUGAAUGCAGGAGACUGGGUGCGAAGGCUUAUGCCUUUGUGGUAGACUGCAGUAACCGAGAAGAUAUUUACAACUCUGCAAAGAAGGUGAAGGAAGAAAUUGGAGAUGUUAGUAUUUUAAUAAAUAAUGCUGGUGUAGUCUACACAUCGGAUUUGUUUGCAACACAAGACCCUCAGAUUGAAAAGACUUUUGAAGUUAAUGUACUCGCACAUUUCUGGACUACAAAAGCAUUUCUUCCAGUGAUGAUGAAGAAUAAUCAUGGCCAUAUUGUCACCGUGGCUUCAGCAGCUGGGCAUGUUGGGGUCCCCUUCUUACUUGCUUAUUGUUCAAGCAAGUUUGCUGCUGUUGGAUUUCAUAAAGCUUUAACUGAAGAACUGGCUGCCUUAGAAAAAACUGGCAUCAAAACAACAUGUCUCUGCCCUAAUUUCAUAAACACUGGCUUCAUCAAAAACCCAAACACUGCUUUGGGACCCACCCUGGAACCUGAGGAAGUGGUAGACAAGCUGAUGAAAGGGAUCCUGACUGAGCAGAAAAUGAUUUUUAUUCCAUCUUCUAUAAGCUUUUUAACAGUGGUGGAAAAGAUCUUUCCUGAGCGUUUCCUGGCAUUUUUAAAACGAAAGAUCAAUAUUAGCUUUGAUGCAGUUAUUGGAUAUAAAACUAAAGAACAAUAAGUCCUACAUAGACUACAUUCUACAUUUAGUUGAUGUGAAUACAUAUCUUCAAAAAUACCUGCUUUCCAAAACAUCAUUAUAUUUAAGUAGCAUAACUUAAAUUCUUCUUCAUUCAUUAGCUAUAAAUAAAUAGGACUGGUUUACCA